UCUUGUGUUUAAGCCAAGUGCACCAUGGGUGCUGAACAAAGUGGAGAUGCUGAACAUAAACAUUCAGAAUUCAGUGCUUCAGUUGUACCCUCUCCAGCCAAGCAAAGAGCCAAAAUGGAUGACAUAGUAGUUGUUACCCAAGGAACUCAGUCAUUACGGAAUAUCCAUAAUGAUCCAGAUGUUAUAAAGCUACAGGAAAUUCCCACCUUUCAGCCUCUUCUAAAAGGUGUGCUCAGUGGUCAAACCUCCCCCAGCACUGUCUGUUUAGAAAAGCUGGAUUCCGCACAGGUACUGCAGCUCUGCGUCCGAUAUCAGGAUCACCUUCACCAGUGUGCGGAGGCUGUUGCCUUUGACCAGAAUGCUUUGGUCAAGAGGAUCAAAGAGAUGGAUCUGUCAGUGGAGGCGCUAUUCAGCAUCAUGCAGGAGAGGCAAAAGCGUUACGCCAAGUACGCCGAACAGAUCCAAAAGGUCAAUGAGAUGUCGAUGAUUCUGAGACGCAUCCAGAUGGGUAUCGACCAGACCAUCCCACUGAUGGAGCGUCUCAACAACCUGUUGCCCGAGAGCGAGCGCCUGGAAGCCUUCAGCAUGAAGCCUGAUGGAGACAUCAAAUAGAUUUUGGCAUCAGUUACAAAAAAUAGUUCAUAGUGGGUCCAUACUGAUUAACUUGUGCUUUAUAGACCCACCUCUGGUCGUUACCUAUGUAACUUCGCACUUUGCCUGGAUAAGGUAUUUUCUGGCUUAAAACAAGUUACAAGGUACAACAUUUAAAACUAAUACUGAAAUGGUAAAUAUGUGUAUAUAUUUAUAGGCUUAAUUGUGUGCUUUUAAAGGGCACGAGAAGAUAAAAUUCUGCCUUUGUAAUAUAAAAUGUUAUUUAAUGAGAAGUCAUGCAUAUGCUCUUGAGAGGCUGUCCAUAGACUCAUGUCAUUAAAGUUGUUGGCAUUAAAUUGUUUAUACACUU